AAGUAGCAUAUUACAGUUUUACAUCAAUGCAAAAAUUAUCAUUCGUGCAAAUUAUGGUAAAUCAAUUUGAUGCUUUUUUAAAGUCACAUUUUAGAAAUUUGUAUUGGUUACUUGCACAUUGAGUCUUUAGAAACCGAUCUUGUAAAGAAAAAAAACUCAAAACUGUGUACAACUGUAAUAUUGGUAAUAUCCCUAGGACCGACAGCAACACUUCACAUUGAAUAUGUAAUUUAUUUUGCGAAUACCGUGUAGAAAAUCUAGUAUAUAUUAUAAACCUUAAUCUUAUUCAAUUUUUAAAAUAUUUUUUGCAAUUGUUGAUAAACUUGUUUCUUGAUUUCUGAAUAUUAGUGGUAAAGUCACCAGCUCGUCCAUGUCCAUAAGUAACAUAAUGAUAACGUGAAAAACUUAUCAUGAUGAUGCAUAUUUUUAUCAAAUUAACUAAUUAAUACUACUGCUAAGUUCCAACUUUCGCAGCAGAAGGCUCCAGUCUGUCUGUCACAGUCAUUGCGGGAUAUUGAUACGCGAGUCGUGGCAACAAACACGUUAUUCGUCGCAGUCGCAAACUUUUUCUCCGAUUUGCAGAAAAUUUGAAAAUGGCUUCGAUGAACGAGGAAGCCGCUGAUUUCGAGGAAAUGGAGCCGAAUCUCAAAAACGUCGUCGAGCAAACGACAUUGAGAUGGAUCUUCGUCGGAGGCAAAGGUGGUGUCGGAAAAACUACGUGCAGCUGUUCAUUAGCUAUACAAUUAGCCAAAGUCAGAGAGAACGUCUUGAUUAUAUCGACAGAUCCAGCACAUAAUAUCUCAGAUGCCUUCGAUCAGAAAUUCAGCAAAGUCCCAACAAAAGUUUCUGGUUUUAAUAAUUUGUUUGCCAUGGAGAUAGAUCCCAGUUCUGGAAUCACUGAUCUACCGGAGGAUUAUUUUGAAAGCGAAGGAGGAUCUAGUGAAGCUAUGAAAUUAAGCAAAAGUAUGAUGCAAGAAGUAGUCGGGGCAUUUCCUGGCAUUGAUGAAGCCAUGAGCUAUGCAGAAGUUAUGAAAUUAGUUAAGAGUAUGAAUUUUUCUGUUGUGGUUUUUGAUACUGCUCCAACUGGUCAUACUUUACGCCUUUUGUCAUUUCCACAAGUUGUUGAGAAGGGACUUGGUAAACUCAUGAAAUUGAAAAUGAAAAUAAGUCCAUUUAUUUCCCAGAUCAGUGGGUUGUUUGGUAUGAGUGAUUUUAAUGUAGAUUCAUUCGCAAGCAAAAUAGAAGAGAUGCUUGCUGUCAUACGUCAAGUUAAUGAGCAAUUUAAGAAUCCAGAUCAAACUACAUUUGUUUGUGUGUGCAUAGCAGAAUUUUUGUCUUUGUAUGAAACUGAAAGACUAGUUCAAGAACUGACUAAAAACAAUAUUGAUACACAUAAUAUUGUUGUCAAUCAAUUAUUAUUCUUGAAAUCAGGAGAAGAUCCUUGUAGACUGUGCUGUGCACGUCACAAAGUUCAAGCAAAAUAUUUAGAACAGAUUAUGGAUCUUUAUGAAGAUUUUAACAUAACAAAAUUACCAUUAUUAGAUAAAGAAGUGAGAGGAGUCGAAAAUGUUAAAUCUUUUUCUGAAUAUUUAAUCUCUCCAUAUAAGCCAUAAAAUAAAAAAACGAUUACUCUUGUAAAUAAUGCUGAAAAAUUUUCUGUAUCUCAAAUGAAGACAU